GGGCGGGGCGGUUUGGGACAGCCUGAGUCUCCAAGGAGUUUGGAAGCCAGGCUUUCAGGACCUUGAGGGGCAGCUGCUGUCCUGAUAAGGGAACUUCUAGUCUUUUCAUCAAACAGUAGCUUUAAGCCGGAAAGGGAAGGGCAGGGAAGGUCGUGUGUGCUGUGCGGGACUCCAGUGUCAGGGCUGCCGGCGGGCCGGAGAGAAGGUUUCACUGAAACUGCAUUUUCUCGCCUUUUUCUCCCUCCUCCCAGACGUGAGUCUGGUGUCGGAGGGACAGCGGGCAGAACCCCCUGGUCCGCGGCUUGUCCCACUCUCGUGGUGCCCAGUCCCCGUCGGGGCCGUGACCUCAGUCUCCACGAUUUCGUGCCCAAAAGUCACGUGCUGCUGCAUCCUCGUGUGCGAGUCUUAUGAUUGGAAACUUGAGUCUGUCAUGCAUGACGUGUGGCUUAUGCCAGAGUUGGCGUCUGUGGCCUGUGUGCGUCCAUUCACUCCAGCUCUGUUGCAAGCGCUGCCCUCCCUCUCUUGGCGCUUUUGCGCCCUUGUGUGGAGCCCAUGGGCCCUGCUGUGCCCUCCGGCCCACGGCCUGAUGUGUCCGUUCUCCCAGCGGCGCACGCUGGUUCCCACGACCAGAGGGGACGCCCAGCACGGUGCCCGGAGACCUGCGGCUUCGUUUUAGGCCGGAACUCGGGGAGCAUUGACUUAAGUCCCUUCCCGCCCAGGCUGCUCAUGCAGGCCUUGUUCAGGGACUGUGGAUGUCCUUCCGGUAUGGAGCUGUAGGACUCGGGAGCAAACCGGCUCCCCCGAGGACUGUCACAGGUAGGCUGCAUAGACCCAGCACACUUCCUGGGCUCGUCACGUGACGCUGCGGACAGGAAAGCCAGGCUGCGGUGCACGUACACGCAGAGGAGUUGGUGUGCUGCCGGUUGUGUCACAGCAACAACAGUGUGGGGUUUGCACGGAGCCCUCUGUGUGAACCUCCAUCAGAGGUCACAUUGUGAGUGUUGUGCCGAGGCCCGUGGCCUGGGGGCACUGCGCCUUCCCUCCCAGAGCUGGCCUUGCCCUGCAGGCUCUGGCCUCAGGCCACUCCUAGAACUUCCCUUUGAGAGGAAAGGGAAGGGACUGUCAUCUCAGAACGUUUUCUGGUCAUACCAAAGGGCUGCUCAAUUUCACUUGAAAAAAAAAAAAGGGAAGUCAGGAAACAGCAGUUUAACGGAAAAUGUGAUUAUCACAAGCAAACGCAGGUGCCCCAAGGCUCGGCCCCUCCCACUGCGUGUUGUUGGAUUGGCUCAGGGAGGCCUUCCAGCCCUAGAGCCACCAGCCCCAGAGCCACGCUUGUCACUGGAGCUGGCUGCCGAGACCAAGUCUGUCUGGAACACACCGAUCUGUUUCCCGGAUUGAGAUGACUGCUGCAAGCGUUGGGUCCCACGUGGACGCGGUCCUCUGAAUCGUGCCACCUGCCACCAUGCAGGGAGCAGGCCUCCCAGGGUCCCCUGGUCUCUGGGCAGCCUGGCCGUCGCUCAGUGUUGCUCUCGGCGUCCCAUAUAGGAUUCCCGGUGCUGCGGCCCAGCCGCCACCAGUAGCUGCACAAUGGCGGCGGACAUGUCCCCACUGGAAUCCUGUGCGAGUGGGCUGUCCCCAGCUGUUGGCCCUGGCCCACAUCACACCUCCUGCUAGGCCUUAGAAACACUCCUGGGGGGCAGUGAUGAAAUCUAUCCUUUCAGGGAAAGGAAGUUUGAGCGGUUUUCCUUCCAAGGAGGAGGGUGCUCGGCCUUGUUUCCUGCUCCGCUGCAGGGUGCCCUUGGCCUUCGGAGCUCCGGUUUCAGGCAGUGUUGUUUCUGGGAGAUCCGUUGUAGAGCUGCGUGGGUGCUGUACUGACAGUCUUGUAAAAACGUCCAGUGGUUCAAACCUCAGUGUAAAACAGAAGUGGACCUGAGUCCCCCGCCCUCCUCCCUCUGCAAAAGUAACCGUGCAGGCAAAUUCUUCUGUGGGCCACCACUGUGCGCUACAAAGGGAGAAACCUGCGGAUCAAAGCGCCCAUGUGCCGGGCUCUGAAGAAGCUCUGUGACCCGGACGGCUUGAGUGACGAUGAAGACCAGAAGCCUGUGCGCCUGCCCCUCAAGGUCCCCGUGGAGCUGCAGCCGAGGAACAACCACGCCUGGGCCCGUGUACAGAGCCUGGCCCAGAACCCGCGGCUCAGGAUGAUCGUAGAGCUCCACCGGAAGGUCUCCAGCCUCAUCGAGUUCUUGAAACAGAAGUGGGCGCUGCACGAAGUGCGGAUUCGGAAGACGCUGGAGGAUCGGCAGCUGCAGCACUCGCUUGCCGCGCCUGUGCAGGAGAAGGUGGCGCUGCAUUUGUUCCCCGGGGAGAGCUGCACGCUCACACCGCUGCCCGGCGUGGCCCGCGUGGUGCACUCCAAAGCCUUCUGCACGGUGCACUGGCAGGAGGGCGGCCGGUGCAGGCAGAGCGCCAGGGACACUCAUGCGUUGCCUCCUGCGCAAAUCCUGGGCAUCCAGAGUGGCCAGGGCACAGCCAGGGGCCAGGUGAAGUGUCCCCGGGGUGGCGCCGAGGGCAAGGGCCCGGGACGUCCCCCUCCGUCCACCGACGCUUCACAGAGCUCUGGAGAGAGCUCCCCCGAAAGUGCCACUGGGGAGGGGGCCACCACAAGCCUCAGUGGCCUAGACACCCCUGACAGGCUCCAGGAUGCGGGGGCGCAGCUCGAGAAGACCCCCGCCGCUGCCCCUGCAGAUGGCCCCACCCGAGAGCCCAGCGACGUGCCAUGCGCCUGCGGCCAGCCCCCAGAGCUGGAGGACGAGCUCUCCCUCCUUGACCCCUUCCCCCGCUACAUGAAGUCCUGCCAGGACCUCAUCAUCCCCGCGCAGUGCCGGUGCGCGGACUCGCGGCCCUCGGGGUGCGCCUCCCCGGAGACUCGCGGCCCUGGCAGCGGGGAGGCAGCAGAUGUCGCCCACGCCAGGGCCCCUUCCCCUGUCCGGGCACCCCCGGGUCCAGAGCCUCAGCCCAGCCCUGGGCUCCAGCCAGAUGUUUGCACUAAAGACUCAGCAGAUGCACCCGCGGAAGAGCCCCAGGAGAAGGGGACCCCUCUGGGCCCCCUGCCUCAGGGACAGCCUGCUGCCAAGCCUCCGAAGGACGUCCCGGCCAGCCGGCUCGCCCAGCAGCUCCGCGAGGAGGGCUGGAGCCUGCAGACCUCCGAGAGCCUCACGCUGGCCGAAGUCUACCUCAUGAUGGGCAAGCCGACCAAGCUGCAGCUGGAGUACGACUGGCUGGCGGUGCAGGGCCCCUGCGGCGCCGCGGCGCCCGCCUCCCACAAGCAGCGCCUGCUCAGCUGCCUCCUGAAGCUCAUCUCCACCGAGGCGAGCCCCAGGCUGGCUCCAGAAGGGAACGUCAGCUCCAUGGCUGCAGCGAGGCCCGUCCAGGAGGAGCAGUCCACGACCCCACCAGGGAAGGUGGUGACCCCCAGCUCCCGGAGCCCCCGCUGCCCACGUGGCCAGUCUGCCCUGCGCAGCAGCAAGGCCUUCCCUUCGAGCGCCGCGCCUUGCUCCUCAGGUCUGAGAAACUCACCGAGACCCCUCCUGGUGGCCGGACCCGCGAGCACAGGCCGCGGCGACUCAGACGGUGGCCUCUUCGCCGUCCCCACUACUCUGCCGCCCAACAGCCGGCACGGCAAGCUCUACUCUCCCGGCAAGGAGACAGAGCUGACGUUCCGUCAGCACCUCAACUCCAUAAGCAUGCAGUCGGAUUUCUUUCUGCCGAAGCCUAGGAAGUUGCGGAACCGGCACCUGCGGAAGCCACUGGUGGUCCAGAGAACGCUGCUUCCUCGGCCGUCUGAAAACCAGUCCCACAACGUCUGCUCCUUCUCCAUCCUGUCCAAUUCUUCCAUAACUGGCAGAGGCUCGUUCCGGCCCAUCCAGUCCUCCCUGACCAAAGCAGCCCUGUCUCGGCCGAUUGUACCCAAGGCCCUCCCGCCCCAGGCCCCGGGCCACCUGGCCAGUGCUAUCGAUUUAGCAGCCAAAAGUGCUGGCAUCAUCCCCGGGAGCCCCCUGCCUGUCUUGGACACCGAGGGGUUGUCUGGCAUUGCUCCGCUGUCUUCAGAUGAGGUGACCGCCACCGUCCCGGCUCCAGACUCCACCGGCACCCCUCAGAACGGGGACCCCAUUCCUGCCGUGGGGGGUGCCAGCGACCGGUUUGUGAGUGUCUCCUCCAGGCCUGAGCAGGAGCCAGUGGCCGACAGUUUCCAGGGCUCACCUGUUCUCUCCUUGUCUGAGCUGGCCAAGGCUCCUCUCCACAACGGGCUCCCGACGCCCGUGCCGGAGGGCUCCAGUGGCCACCUGUCCCCACCCAACGUCUCUGCACUGCUGGACAUCUCCCUGCCCGGGCCGCCCGAGGACGUGCUGUCACAGGGCGAACCUGCCACGCACAUCAGCGACUCCAUCAUCGAGAUCGCCAUCAGCUCCGGCCAGUACGGUGAGGGAGUCCCUCUUUCUCCAGCGAAACUAAAUGGCAGUGACAGCUCCAAGAGCCUUCCGUCCCCAUCCAGCAGCCCCCAGCCGGACUGGAUCGCCUCCCCCACCCACGACCCCCAGUGGUGCCCCAGCGACCCCACAGACUCUUCACUCAGCAGCCUGUUCGCGAGCUUCAUCUCCCCUGAAAAGAGCCGGAAGAUGCUGCCGACGCCCACGGGGACCCACAGUGGCACCUCCCUGCUGGGCCCCAGCCUGCUGGAUGGCAACUCGAGAGACUCAUUUGUGUCCAGGUCCCUGGCUGACGUUGCUGAGGUCGUGGACUCCCAGCUGGUGUGCAUGAUGAACGAGAACAGCAUCGAUUACAUCUCUCGAUUCAACGAUUUGGCCCAGGAACUAUCCAUCGCCGAGCCCAGCCGCCGAGAGGUUCUGUUCGAUGGCAGUGGAGGUGGCCCCCCUGUCGGUGACCUGUCACAGUGACCACACCUCGUCACUGGCGGGGCAUCCCGGGGGCUCCAGAGGAGGACUCUCGAGGCGGGUGGUCCUCCACUGGUAGGCGUAGCGCUCUUCAGGCUAGAGAAAUCUUGAGUCAAGCCCGUGUCCCCCGAGGACAGAGGAACCGAAGAACCUCUGCACCCCACAACGCACAACACACAGGAAGUCGCGUCCCAACAGGCAGAGGCCAGUGGUGGCCCGGGAUAUGAGGACGAAAUCUGUGGAAGGGGCCGUGGGGCUGGAGCAGUUCCCUGCCAGCCACAGGUCUCCUGUCAGGGUCCGCGUAGCGACCGCAUGUCUGCCCACGCUUCUGUCUCGGCGGCCGUGCGGGGCGGCCCAGCGGGCGCUCCUGCCGAGGGAAAGGGACGAGUGUGCCUUGGCCUGGUCAUCGGUCCCAGGGAGUUGCGGCCGCCCCGCGCUCUGCAGGGCCGCUUCCAGCCGCCGCUGCUUGCUUUCUGCCAAACCUAUGCACUCUUGGGUUGCUUUCUCUGCAGAGCGAUGACGGGGAGGGACGGGCAUGGCCUGGGCUCUGCCCGGCGGGGUCUGUGCCCUUACACAGCGGACCCCUCGGAGGACACUCGGAUCACAGGGGAGUGUAACUGGUGCCAUCGCCGCGGGAACACCGACCCUUGCCUAGAGGUUUGUUCUGACCUAAUGGGAAGGAGGAAAGAAUCCUGUUUUAUGUAGGUUCUGUGGACUUUUAGGAAAAAGUCCUGCUAAGCUGGUUGGAAAAAUGUUCUCCUUGUGUUUUGAAAAUUAGGACAUGUCGAAGAAAAGUGUUUAAUGGUUUCCUUCCUGUUUUCAAGUGUCUUCCUGGUGACCCUGAGUUUCUUCUUGGUGACUGAGAUGCUCUGUCUGUGUCGGGACCACACACGAGCCUUUGCCGGCGGGCUGCUGCCCUGCACCCAAGGCCACGGGCCGUGUGGGAGGCUUGCUCUGCUUGGGCAGCUGCUCUUCCUUCCGUGCAGAGCCUCCCGGGUGCCCAGAGUUCAGCCUUCACAUUGACUCCUGCCCCGGGCCCGUCUGCUUGUCUUCUCCGGGCACGGGGAACCGAGCAGAGGGCAGAUGCCUGGGUGUGGUCGGAGCGCACGAAAACCGCAUCCCUCCAGUGUGCUCCUCGCCCCCCUGGGUGACCAGCUGGCGUCCCUGCAGAUGGUUCCAGGCUUCCGCAGAGCCGAGCUAACGGGGCUCCUUGCUUCACGGCCUUGGGAGGCUCGGCAGGCAAAACGCCGUCUGGCCACGCCUGCCGCGCUGGGAGCCGGCGGUGGGGCCGCUCGGGUAGGGCCUGUGUGCCGCCUCGCCCUCCGCCCGGCGGCCUGCCUCAGUUUGGCUUCUGAAGCUGCCUGAACUGACCGCUCUUGCUCUUUCCUCUUCCUGACUGGCGGCGGAGCGCGGCCUCUCCCCUCGUCCACCGUGAAAAGGGAGGAAAGGGCUUGUGCCUACAAACCGAGGGGCUGCUCCUGAUCUCACAGUCUCCGCAGACGGAUGCGGCGCUGCGGGCCGCGGGGACACCCAAGUGGUGGGGGACAGUGGGCUUUCGGGCAGCAUCAUAAGUAUCUCUCAGAGCUCUUGUCUAUAAGGUAGUUUCCAUUUUUCGGGUGUGGUUCUAGGUAAAGACAUCACCAAUAAAAGGCACUCUUCUGGGCUCUUACAAAAAGUCCAAAAGCUCUGGAGAUGUGUCAGAGGGACAUGGUGCCCCUUUGUGAAGAGAGACAGAUGGCGUCACUUGAACCAGAGUGUCUUUCAAUUAGCUUACGUGGCUUUGUGGUCCAUCCUUAAGUUUCCUGAAAUUCGCAGCUUACUGAGGUGGUAAGAUCAAUGGUUGUGUCUCUGGGCACCUGACUCUGGGCACCUGACUCUGUUAGGUCUGUAGUAGGUCAGGACACCGGGCCAAGUUUGGGUCACUCAACUUGCUCAUACUCCCACUGUCUGGGACCAGAGACACUACGCAACAUUAUAGCAUCGGCGCUGCGAGCAGCGCCUGGCGGCCGCGUGCACAUUAACAGAGAUGGCAGAGAUCUCGAGCUGCUCCGAUCGGGGGUGCCCCGAGGUGGUCUGGUGGGUGGCGUGGCACAGCUUAGUGACCCCUACAAGGAGAAACAGAUCUGGAUCAGCUUCUGUCGGCUGUUUAGUGGCACCUCCCCUUAGGAGCUGGACCACAGACUCCGUCUGGAGUGUUAUCCAGGAGGGAGGUGGGUUAGUGAGGAAAGCGGACAGAUUCUUCUCACCUGUAAUAGAGCUGACAUGAUUCCAGAGAAUUCUGCCACUUAGGCAGCAACCAGACAGGUAUAGACAAGCAUUUGCUGGCCAUGCUAAGGGGAAGUAGCAGCCUUAGCAUUAAAAGGAUGAGUGUGUUUUCUCCCAGCCUAAAUGUGUAUGUAUCAAAAUAAGCAGCUGCUAAGGGCUGGAAGACCCAAGCAGGGCCACUGUCCUCUCCCUGUGCCCUUCCCCUGCCUUCCCAGCGGAAGCGGUCGUCUCCGUGUGCGCCCCUGGCCUUCGUGCCUUGGCGCUUGUGAGACCAGGGCUGGUCCUCACAACAUCCCUGCCAAGUCAGUCUAAUGCUCUCUGGGAUGUUUUGCUGAUUCAUCUUUUUAAAAGAUUGAGACGGAGGUAUCUGGUCUUGAGGGAGUUGGUGUUUGGGCCUUGAUUUCCAUCCUGAGUGUCCAGUGAGGAGCCUUCCUUCUUGAGAAGGUGCAGGGACAAGAAGGCGAAGCUAGAGGCUCCACGUAGGAUUGGUGGCGACGUUUUCCUCAUCUUUCCGUAUCUCCUAGGUGUAGAGUACUUGCUCAGGGAGGGGGAUAUAUGGAAACAUCUCAUCCGUUGAUCGACUUGCUUUCUCACGUCUCCUGCUUCUUAGCAUCCGAAUCCUGCAAAGGGUGUCCUUUUCAGUUUGAUAGCCUCUUUUAACUUGAUCACAGCAUGGGAUCCGAACUUGUGCAAAGAAAAGUCAUGGAGUAAGAGACACAGGAGACAAAUAGAGGAGGAGAGCAGCAGUUGCUUGCUUGGUUUUUUUUUUUUUUUUUUUAAGAUAUCAAGAUCUAUCAGAUGCAUUUAUGAGCAAACAGGGCACUUUGUCUUAGAAAAAAAGGAAGAAACCCACCGUCAGCCUUUCCCGUCAGAACUCUCUGGACCCCGCAGUCAUUUGUAACUCACCUUAGGUCUCGGAAGCAUUACAGCAGCCUGGACCCUUUGUUUUGUGACCGGAUAGCUGGCGCUAGAGCUAUGGUCUGGGCCGCAGAACUUAACGCUGUUUCUUUUGAUAAUCGUUAAGCCAUAUCAUCUAAGGUUUCGGCUUGUUUGAGAUGUGAAUUUGUUUUAUAGAUUAUAAAUAUACAUAUACAGUGUAUGUAUAAAGCAGAAUGCCUGUCCUUCCUGAUUAUUUUUUGUACCAUAUUGUAAAUUAUAUUAUUUAUUCUUUACCAAUUUUGGGAAUAAAAGGUGUUUUGGUUAUUUAAUAUAAUAAA